ACCGGCCAUGCCUUGUUAACGGUUAACUCUUUGAUCUCUCUCACUACUCUCUCUCUAAAAUGGUUUGUUUCCCUAUCUUCCUCGUGCUCUGCACACUAAUGGCGGAAAUAGGAAUUUGCUACUCCUCUGAGGUUUAUAUAGUGUAUAUGGGUAGUAAAAGAUCGGUUGAGCCGAAAGAGAUAACCAAGCAAAAUCAUCUACUGCUGGCUUCUGUUCAUGAUGGAAGUUUGGAGAGAGCAAGGGCUUCUCAUGUUUACAGUUACGUGCACAGUUUCAGAGGAUUUGCGGCGAAGUUGAGUGAAAAUCAGGCUUUUAAGAUCGCCGGAAUGUCUGAUGUUGUCUCGGUGUUUCGUAAUGAGAAGAGGAUGUUGCAUACAACUCGUUCAUGGGAUUUUAUCGGUGUUUCAACCGAUGUGGACAUGGAGAUUCCAAGGUUUUCUACGAAGAAUCAAGAGAAUGUUAUUAUUGGUUUCAUUGAUACAGGAAUAUGGCCAGAGUCACCUAGUUUCAAUGACCAUGGAAUGCCUCCUGUGCCUUCCAAGUGGAGAGGGAUAUGUCAAGGAAACAAGCUCACAAAUUUUUCAUGCAACAAGAAAAUCAUAGGAGCAAGGUAUUAUCUUCGAGGAUAUGAAGCGGAAGAGAGCAACAAAAUUACAAAAUUUAGGUCUCCUAGAGACAGCUCUGGCCAUGGCAGUCACACUGCCUCAAUAGCAUCAGGGAGAUUUGUGCAAAAUAUGAACUAUAAUGGCUUGGCCAAUGGAGCAGCAAGAGGAGGGGUUCCAAUGUCUAGAAUUGCAGUCUAUAAAACUUGUUGGGACUCAGGUUGUUAUGAUGCAGACCUGCUUGCAGCCUUUGAUGAUGCAAUCAAAGAUGGAGUGGACAUAAUCUCUGUGUCUUUAGGCCCCAACUAUCCACAGCGAGAUUAUUUCAAAGACUCUAUCUCCGUCGGGUCAUUCCAUGCAGUUAGUCAUGGAAUUCUCGUCAUCGCCUCCGCUGGAAAUGUCGGGACUCGAGGCUCGGUGACCAAUCUAGCUCCAUGGAUGCUCACUGUCGCUGCUAGCUCAACAGAUCGGGACUUUUCUUCUCAAAUAGUACUUGGUUCUGGAACAAAGCUGAUGGGAGAGAGCUUAAAUACGUUCAGAAUGAAUGCAUCAGCACCUACCAUAUUAGCUUCAGAAGUUAGUAAUGGAUAUUUCACCCCUUAUCAAUCAAGCUUCUGCUUGGAUGCCUCAUUAAAUAAAACAAUGUCUAGAGGAAAGAUUCUCAUCUGCCACCAUUCUGGUAGUUAUUCUGAGUCAAGGAUAGGAAAGAGUAUUGUAGUGAGGAAGGUUGGGGGAGUCGGAAUGAUUCUAGUAGAUGAUAUUGAGGAUGAUGUUGCCCUGCCCUUUGUAAUUCCUGCAGCAACAGUUGGAAAGAAAGCUGGUGAAAGAAUUCAAUAUUAUGUUAAAAGAAUUAAGAAAGCAAGGUCACUUAUUUUGCCUACAAGGACUGUAAUGGGAUCGAGAAGUGCUCCACGUAUUGCAGCAUUCUCUUCAAAAGGACCCAAUUUAUUGACCCCGGGAGUUCUAAAACCAGAUAUUGCAGCACCGGGGUUGAAUAUAUUAGCAGCAUGGUCUCCUGCUGAUAAGAAGUUGGAGUCUAACAUUCUUUCAGGUACUUCUAUGGCUUGUCCACAUAUUACAGGACUUGCAGCAUUGAUAAAAGCUGUUCACCCAUCAUGGUCUCCAUCAGCAAUCAAGUCUGCAUUGAUGACAACAGCGACUGUCGUCGAUAAGAAUGGUAGCUUCAUUACAGCAGAUCCUUCAGGACGAAGAGCAAAUCCAUUCGACUAUGGCUCGGGCUUCCCAGAUCCUUCAAGAAUGCUAGACCCGGGUCUCAUUUAUGACACACAUGCUAGAGAUUACAAGGCUUUCCUUUGCUUCAAUGGCUACAGUGACGAAUACUUGAAUUUGGUGACAGGAGAAAGUAACAGCAGCUGCAGCCAAUUAUACCAAGUGCCUUCCAGCCUGAAUUAUCCUGCAAUUGCAGUGCCUGAUCUAAAUGGAAGCUACUCGGUGACGAGAGAAGUGACAAAUAUGGGCAGAGCUGGAAGCAUAUAUAGAUCCCUUGUGGUUUCACCUGAAGGAAUCAAUGUAAAUGUUGUGCCAGAUGUUCUAUCAUUUAGAAGCAAUGGUGAGAAGAUGAAUUUUACGGUGCAUUUCAGGGUGCUCACUUCUUCAAAGGACUACGUGUUUGGGGCUUUAUUAUGGAGCUCCAGAAGAAUUAAGGUAAGUACCCCUUUGGUAGUCAGGGUUGUUUCCCCUUGAAUUAUCUGUUUUUUU